CUGGUCAGCUAGAUGACGUCAACUGUCAAAAAGCGUGGUUGGAAGCUAAAACUCCCAUAUUGCUUGGUUACGCUUUAGUGUUACCCUUUAAGUAAGAAAUUCCGCUUCGGAGUGGCGUCCCUUCGGGGACAUCCGAUAAAAUUGGAACGAUACAGAGAAGAUUAGCAUGGCCCCUGCGCAAGGAUGACACGCACAAAUCGAGAAAUGGUCCAAGUUUUUUUGUACUUUUUUUGCCAAUUUUCAUUCGCCUUCGGACAAAGAACUUUUCUGGGUUUGCUUUGUUAGAAUUGCUUGAUGAAAGAUUUUGUCAGAAAAUCCGUAAUCAGGUUCUCCUGGCAAUUCCUGGUAGUACCAUGUUUUAAUUUGGGUGAGCUACUUGAUUAGAAAUGUUUACAAGGAAAAAAUCCAAGCUAAGGUACAGAUACUGCUAUCUUUUAUAUUUGCAUAUGCAGGUGAAAAUACAUUGAAGUAGGAUGAUAGUUGUCAUAUGAUGUAUUUUCCAUGAUUGUGAACUCAAAUCCAGUUUUUUCUUUUCCUUUGUUUAGGGGGUGGAGUUGGGGUUGUGAUCUCACAAUUGUUAUGGCUGUUAUCAUUGUACUUUUUAGUUAACCAGGAUUUUGUUGGAGUUCAAUGAUUACUGGUCACUAUAUUGUAGCCUUCUUACCCAAAAAUUGGCAGAAGGUUGGCAUUUUGAUCAUCCUCAUUCCUCAGGGCUUAGGCACCUCCUUCCCCCCAAGCCCUCUACAUUUUUCCUUUCCCCUUUCUUUUACUGGUAUUUAUCCAUUGAUUUUUUUUUUUUUUCACUUUAUUGCAGGAUAAAAGCAGGUUUUGGACAAGUUUCUUUAAAACCCGGCCAUUAGUGUUGGAAAAAGUCCAAUGUUUCUGGCUUGAAUGAACUAUUGAAUUUUGUUUGAAUUCUCCUUUUUCUUCCUUUCCAACAUAAAUUGCUAUUGCUGUUAGUAUUUAUUUUAUAGCAAAUUUUCUUCUAGCUUUUGUGCAUAUUAACUAUGUACAAAAAUGAGAUUGUCAAAGUUAUCUCAUCUUGAAAGGUAGAAAAGCGCAAUGAAUAAGCUUGCUUCCUAGUCCUAAUUCCUAAACUCCAAUGUUUUUAUUGGCAUAUUGGAUUCAAGAUGAAGAAGACAGCUCGAAUGGGUUAACUUCUUCAAGUCUUCAAGCAUGCUUCUGUGUGAUUGAUCACACUGAUCAUAUUAAUACAGUAGUUGUUGAUGCAUCCGGUAAAUGGCCCAUGACUCCAUGUCCAUACCUUUCGUUCCAAUAUAAAUCCUGAUUGAAAAAAUUUGGUAUUUAUUAUCAAAAAGAAAAGUUUCAUAUUGAUUAGAACUAGAUUAAUUUUCUCGAGUAAAUGCUAUUGAACAAAGAAGGAUACUCCAACAAGCAACAACCAAAAGAAAUCUACUCUUUUCCUUAAUUGGAAAAGAUAUGAGUUCCCUAUCUAUUCGGUAAGUCACCAUUUCUGCUCUAAUAAUUAUAUUCUAUCUGCAAAUGGAACUCAAGGAAUGCCGUAUUUUAAAAUAAAAAAAAAAAAGCAUUUUGGGUGUUUUGAUUAAGAAAUGUUAGGUUCAAAAUUGUAUGAUUAUUCUUAUUUAUCGAAAAUAAUAGUACUUAGGAUAAACAAAGCAAAAAGGUUAGGAGAAGUGUGUAAUGAAAACGGUGAAAUGAUGUAAAUAACCACUGAGAGAGAAAUGAGGGGUUGGGGUUGGGUGAUCUGAUACGUGAAAGGGCAAAGGGCAAUGAGAAAUGCGGGUAGCAACAGCCAAUAGCCCCCGUUUUGCCGUAGACUCUACUCAUAAACCAAAACAUGAGAAGCACCUAAAUUUCGCAUCUCGAUGUCUACUACUAUUACUGUUAGUAGACCUUGAAACCAUACCAGAAAUCCCUCUCACCAUUAACCAAUUCUUCAUCUUUUCCAAUUUAUAACAAUCAGGCCCCAACAACCCAAAGCCACCCCCAAUUUUUUCAGAUCCUCUCCAAAAAACUCCAUUUCCUAGUUCCUCCCCUCUAUUUAAAAAUAAUAAAAAAAAAGCCAAGCCUUCUUUUUUGAUUUAGACCCACGACACGUACCAAAGCAUAGGAUUAUGGGAACACAACACGGACCAAACCCAGUUUGAGUUUGGUCUGCGUAUUUGUUUAGAAGUCUUUUGAGUUAGGACACAUCCACACACACGAAUUUUUUUUUUUUUUUUUAUGUUCCUUUGUUGUUUUUCUUUAUCUUGAAUUUUGUAUCUCCCUUUCAAUUUUGGCCACGGGACACAUGCCCAACUCACAAACCACAUCUACUAUCUAUUCCCUAGAGUUUAACCUCCCAACACUCAAACCCAAAGGCAAAAAAACCCUUUUCUCCAAUUCCAUUUCCCUAGCCAAAAAAACCAAUAACCAUGGAAAUAAAAGUAGGGUGAUCUCCCUUUAAACUCUUGAUAUGGAAGGAAAGUGACUUGGGGGGAUAAUCAAUGUUCAUAUGCACAUUAUUCUGCUUUAGAGAUGUCAGUUUGAAUCAUGGAAGUGCUCCCCUAUUCUGGUGUUCAGUAUGUUGCGGAUUCUGAUUGUGCUCAACCGAGUUCAGGAACAACUUUUACUUAUGACGGAGAAUCUAAUUGCUUGGAACAUAGAAAACAAGUUCAGGUGACAGAUGGUAGGAUGAAUGACUUGUUGCUAAGUAUGGAGGGGAUUCAAGCAGGAAGACAGGAUGAUGGUCAAGGCACAAGGGAUGAAUUGCCAAUUUCAGAAGAACACCAUAGUGGAUCUUCAUAUUAUGAUUGCCAGGCAGAGGGCCUAAGAUUAUCUUGCGGAUCACAUGAUUAUGAAGAUGAUGAUUCAAAUGCACAGAAUUAUUGCACUGGACCUCACUUGGCCUGUGAAAACUCUCAUUUAAUCGUUGACACCAUUGAAAGUGAAUCACCAAGCAGCAAAAGGGAGGGAGAAUUGUCUCUUUCUGAGCCCAAUUGGUUAGAGCGUGAUGUAUCUGUGGCAUUAUGGGUGAAGUGGAGAGGAAAAUGGCAAGCUGGAAUCAGAUGUGCAAGGGCUGACUGGCCAUUAUCGACUUUAAAAGCAAAACCAACUCAUGAUCGAAAGCAGUAUUUUGUGAUAUUUUUUCCUCACACCAGGAAUUAUUCUUGGGCAGACAUUCAACUUGUCCAAUCCAUUAAUGAGUUCCCUCAACCUAUUGCAUAUAGGAGUCAUAAAGUUGGACUAAAAAUGGUUAGAGAUCUAUCUGUUGCAAGGAGGUACAUAAUGCAAAAGCUAGCUGUUAGCAUGCUGAAUAUAAUUGAUCAGUUUCAUUGCGAGGCUUUGAUAGAGACAGCACGUAAUGUGAUUGUCUGGAAGGAAUUUGCUAUGGAGGCUUCUCGCUGCAGUCGUUAUUCUGAUAUUGGGAAGAUGCUUUUGAAACUUCAAAGUAGGAUAUUGCCCCACUACGUAAAUGCUAACUGGCUUCAAGAGUCUUUUCACUCAUGGGUACAACAAUGUCAGAAUUCACAUAGUGCUGAAUCUAUUGAAUUGCUAAAGGAGGAAUUGUUUGAUACUAUACUGUGGAAUGAGGUUAGAUCUCUUGGGGAUGCACCGGUGCAGCCCACACUUGGUUCUGAGUGGAAAACCUGGAAGCAUGAAGUAAUGAAAUGGUUCUCAACAUCUCAUCCUGUAUCUACUGCUGGAGAUGUUGAUCAUUGGAACGGUGAUGGUCCCUCAAACAUAAGUACACAAGUUAGCAAGAAGAGGCCCAAGCUUGAAGUCCGCCGUGCAGAGACACAUGCCUCCCAGGUGCAAAGCAAUGGUUCUGAUCAAACUAUAACUGUUGAAAUUGACUCAGAUUUUUUUAGUCGCCAAGAUGCUGUAGAUGUCAAUAUGCCAAUACCAGAAAUUUGUAAAAAUGAAGAUGAGAGGGAGGAAACCACACCGAUGGACACAUCAAAUAAUUUGACUGACAGAUGGGAUAAAAUUGUGGUUGAAGCAAGGCAUUCGGAGCUCAUUGACUUCAAAGGCAAAGAUGUUGAAAUAGCACCAGCAAGUGAAGAGGUCAAGAGCACCUCAACUCUGCACAUUCAGCCAAAAGAAGUGGAAUUGACACCUGUGAAUGAAGCAGUUGCUAAGAAAUCAACAGAUGCUGGGAGUAAAACCAGGCAGUGCAUAGCAUUUAUAGAGUCGAAGGGAAGGCAAUGUGUGAGGUGGGCAAAUGAUGGGGAUGUUUAUUGUUGUGUGCACUUGGCCUCUCGUUUUAUUGGUAGCUCUGGCAAAACAGAAGUUACUUCCCCUGUUGGUACACUAAUGUGUGAAGCUACCACUGUGCUUGGCACUAGAUGCAAGCAUCGGUCCCUAUGUGGCUCCUCAUUCUGCAAGAAACACAGACCUAAAAAUGAUGAAAAUAAUAUCUCCCAUUCUCCAGAGCACGCAAAAAGGAAGCAUGUGGAGAUUAUUCCCAGUUCAGAAACCACACACUGCAGAGAUGUAGUUUUGGCAGGAGAUAGUGAAAGUCCCCUGCAAGUGGAGCCAAUGUCAAUAACUGAGGGUGAUGUGUUGCAUGGAAGAAACCACUUAAUUGAGAAGCCUGGACAUUCUGUUAAAGAUCAUGAUAGCACAGAAUUAUUGCAUUGCAUAGGCUUAUUCUCCCAUAGUGGUUUUGAUCCUUGUAAUGAAAGUCCUAAGCGGCAUUCAUUAUACUGUGAUAAACACCUUCCAAGCUGGCUCAAGCGUGCAAGGAAUGGUAAGAGCAGGAUAGUAUCCAAAGAAGUGUUUAUUGAUCUUUUGAAGGACUGCUAUUCACUUGAACAAAAAUUGCAUUUACAUCAAGCAUGUGAACUUUUCUACAAGCUCUUUAAAAGUAUUUUAUCUCUAAGAAACCCAGUUCCUAUGGAAGUUCAACUUCAGUGGGCCCUUUCUGAAGCAUCCAAAAAUUUUAGAGUUGGGGAAAUUUUAAUGAAGUUGGUUUACAGUGAAAAGGAGAGAAUCCAAAGAUUAUGGGGCUUCACUGGUGCCGAAGGUGCACCUUUGUCCUCUUUUGUGGAAGAACCAGUUCCCUUGCCAUUGGCCGUCCAUGAUAGCUUUGAUGAUGACAAGACUAUUAAGUGCAAAAUUUGCUCAGUGGAAUUUCUUGAUGACCAGCAUCUUGGCACACACUGGAUGGAGAAUCAUAAAAAGGAAGCACAAUGGUUGUUUAGAGGUUAUGCUUGUGCAAUCUGCCUAGAUUCAUUUACCAGCAAGAAAGUUUUGGAAUCCCAUGUUCAGGAGAGACACCGUGUACAAUUUGUUGAACACUGCAUGCUUCUCCGAUGCAUUCCCUGUGGCAACCAUUUUGGCAAUACCGAGGAAUUAUGGUUGCAUGUGCUGUCAACUCAUCCUGUUGAUUUUAGACUGUCAAAGAUUGCUCAACAUCAUAAUCUAUCUAUGCGUGAGGAAUCUCCACUGAAACUUGAGCUCGGCAAUUCAGCUUCUUUGGAGACUAACUCAGAGAAUGUAUGCAGUUUUCGAAAGUUUAUUUGCAGGUUUUGCGGCUUGAAGUUUGAUUUGCUGCCUGAUCUUGGCCGCCACCACCAGGCUGCUCACAUGGGACCAAGUUUAGCGAGCUCUCGUCCCCCGAAGAGAGGGGUUCGAUUUUAUGCAUAUAAACUAAAAUCUGGAAGACUUAGCCAUCCUAGAUUUAAGAAAGGUCUGGAGGCAGUGUCAUAUAGGAUCAGGAAUAGGGCAACUGCAACUAUGAAAAAACGCCUUCUGGCAUCAAAGUCGAUUGGCACUGACAUCAUUAGUGUAGAGCCUCAUGUAACGGGGACAUCAAAUCUUGGCAGAUUAGCAGAAUUGCAGUGCUCAUCCCUUGCAGAAAAAUUAUUUUCCAAAGUUCAUAAAACAAAACCACGACCUAAUAACUUAGACAUUUUGUCUAUUGCCUGCUCUUCUUGUUGCCAAGUGAGCCUCAAAGCCUCAUUGGAGGAGAAGUAUGGGAUGUUACCAGAGCGUAUGUACCUCAAGGCAGCCAAGCUUUGCAGUGAGCAUAACAUUCAAGUCGAGUGGCAUCAAGAGGAAUUUGUAUGUGUAAAUGGAUGUAAGCCUGUCAAGGACCCAGAUUUUCUGUCCCCAUUGAUUUCUUUUCCUAAUGAUUUUGGGGGCCACCCAUCAGCAGAUUCCUUGGAUAAUGUUGAUAAGGAGUUGGAACUGGAUGAGUGUCACUAUAUCAUUGACUCACAACACUUUAAACAAUGGUCCAUGCAGAAGGCCAGUGUCUUGUGUGAUGAUUUAAGCUUUGGAAAGGAAUCAGUUCCAGUAGCUUGUGUAGUGGAUGAAGGUCUUUCUGAUUCCCUUUACAUCUAUGGUGAUAGUUCCAAUGACCAAAACGCUAGAUCCUCUAUGCCUUGGGAGAAUUUUACCUAUGUUACAAAAUCUUUGCUUGAUCAAUCCCUUGAUCUUGAUGCUGAGAGUUUGCAACUUGGGUGCACAUGUUCCAAUUCAUCAUGUAGUCCUGAGACAUGUGAUCAUGUAUAUCUCUUUGAUAGUGAUUAUGAAGAUGCAAGAGACAUAUAUGGGAAACCCAUGCGUGGCAGAUUUCCCUAUGAUGACAAAGGGCUAAUUAUCUUGGAGGAGGGCUACCUUGUCUAUGAAUGCAACCACAUGUGUAGCUGCAAUAGAGCAUGUCCAAAUAGGGUCUUGCAAAAUGGAGUACGAGUGAAAUUGGAAGUCUUCAAAACAGAGAAUAAGGUAAUGAUUUCAAUUUUUGGUUCUAUUCUAGAGUUUUGUCCUUUGACAUUGCUUCGUGUUGAUCUUCAGGGCUGGGGAGUCAGGGCUGGUGAACCAAUUCUGAGUGGCACAUUUGUGUGUGAGUGCAUUGGUGAGAUCUUAGAUGAGCAGGAGGCAAACAAUAGGCUUACCAGGUAUGAUAGAGAUGGUUGCAACUACAUGUAUAACGUUGAUUCUCAUAUCAAUGAUAUGAGUCGAUUGAUUGAAGGACAGGUCCGCUAUGUUAUUGAUGCAACCAAAUAUGGAAAUGUUUCCCGGUUCAUCAAUCAUAGUUGCUCAGCAAAUCUUGUGAAUCAUCAAGUUCUUGUGGACAGCAUGGAUUGUCACCGUGCUCACAUUGGUCUCUAUGCCAGUCAAGAUAUAGCUAUGGGUGAAGAGCUGACUUUUGACUAUCAAUAUAAACUGCUACCUGGACAAGGUUAUCCAUGUCUAUGUGGAGCUUCUGCAUGUCGUGGCCGCCUUUACUAAACCCUCAGUCAGCACUAUGGGGUCUCUAUGGCAUCAAAGGUUUUGCUUUUUGAGUUCACAAAUGAGGAUACCGAGCUCCAACACAGGAGCUCUACCUCCAUCAAGCGAGUCACCGGACUGAAUCUGGCACUCUUGUUGCGAACAGUUCUACUUUUUAGCACGUGAUUCUUACACCAAGGCAACAGUAAACUGCCUAAUCUCUAGCAUGGGCCAUGGAGUUCAGCAGGCUCCUGACAGAUAAUGCAACUUGCGGUAUGGAAUUUUCGACCAAGCGAGAUUGUACCGAAAGUAGUUCUUUGUAAACGGGCUCCAAGGAAAUGGGAUGAAAGCUUACACUGUAUUUGACGGAUCCCUUUUUAAAUUCUCCCCUCCUCUCCCCCAUUUAUUUUUCUUCUUUCUUGAGUAGUUAAGUCACUUUUGGGUAGGGCGUACUGUAGAUUUUCUGUUUUAUCCCAACGUUCGGAGUUCUUGGGUUGAUAGCUUAGCCUAGGAAUAUUGGAAAGCAGUUUUUAAGCAUGCGUGAAUUGCUUAUUUUUGGUAGUAGUGCCUCAGCCUUAUUUGUGAAAAACUCUCUAGUUUGUUCUUCUUUGUGUAAAGUUUUGAGUAAUUCCUAUUAUGCCUUGCUUCAUUCAAGUUAUUCCGAUACUGAAUAAAGACGUCUAUUCAGCUAGUAAAAUGACAGAAAUUGUCAAAUGUAUGUGUAAUGUCAGAAAC